AAAUCUUCUUUACGAAAAAAUCUCUUUGUCACACUGACAAUAAUUUUUUUAAAGUCAUUUAGUCCCUUCAUAUUUUGUUAUAUAUUUACAAGCGUGAACGGAAUUUAAUAAAAUGCCUGCCCAAGUGGAACAGAAGACGGUGGACCCUGAGGCUGAACUGAGCAAUGUACAACGCACGUUCCAAAAGCUGGCGCCGAUGUGCAGCGUGGAGAAGCGGGCUGGUGGUAUACCACAGUUAGCACCGCAGGAGAAGCAGCUUGGUAUUCUGGCGACGGAGCUGAAAGAAACUCUGCUAUGUAUUAACUUAGCCAAGAAAGGUCAGCAUGCUUUGCGCGACAACAACACGAAGGCAGGCACGCGGAAGUCCAUCGUGGAGUACGAGCACCUGGAGGGAGAACUGAGAGACGAGCGCGCGCAGCAAGCAGAGCUCGACUGUCUUAACUAUCUGGCGCAGAAGCAGCUGGUUGAGCUGCUAAAGAAGGUGCCAACUGAAGCCGAUGAAUUGGCUAUGAUAGAGGAUGCAAAUAACCGCCUGCGAAGAAUGGAGAAUAGACUCGACCUGGCGACCAAACGUUUCUGCUUGGUCAAUACAGAUAAUAAGAAAGUAAGAGAAGAGAUCCACAGGCUGCUGGUAGAACGGAACGGAUUCAACAUUCAAUGGAACCGCACUAUCGGGAAGUUGGUUAAAGGCAAAGAGUUCCUCAUGGAUAUUCUGGAGAUAGCCACCAACGCUUUCGGCGAUAGAGACGAAUGCUGCAGAAUGCUCGAGGCGCUCAAGUGGAAGGGGCUGUUCCAGCUGAACAGAGAUAUUUCCGAAAUGCAAUCAUACGAAGGAGAAUUGAAUCAUCUUGGAAAAUUGGAGGAGUUCCUUCGUGUAAAGGGAUCAAGGAGGAUCUGCGAAGCCGACGAGAUCGAGGAAAUAAAGCGACAAGAGGAGAUACAGCGGUGCGAGAGUGAGAUAGCGAGAUUUGAUGCCUUGCUAGAAGAAAUAUUUAGGUAUGCUGGAUCAGAGAGAACUACCACAGUAAUCAAUCGAUUCGAAGCGACUGAAAUAGAGAACUUUUCGAUAUUCGUGUUGCUGUGUGAAGUGUUGCAAGAAGCUAUCAUGAUAAGACGGGAACUGGAAACGUUAAGACAAAGGAUACUUGAUCAGCGCGACAUGAACGAAGCCCACGAAGAGAAACAGAAGAAACGUUUGAUGGAGAUGACUAACGAACUGGCAGUGAAGAGGCAGCGAACGCAGAACGUUCUAGAUGCCAACAUGCAAGCUGAAGCCACCAUCACCAAAGUUCUGAAGGGGAUUGACGAUCUUGUUAGGCUGGCAAGAUGUGACGUAAAUCCUCUGCUGACGCUGCUGGGUAACCACAAGGAGGUGACCGCUUGGAACGUGACGAAGUUCCUGAGGAUACUGGAGGCUGAAGUCAAGAGUCUCAUUGAAGUGGCAUACGGUGCUGUUAAGCCUCCAGCGCCAACUCCCAAAGGAAGGAAGGCGGCAGUGGUGGAAACUGUGAAGCUGGUAGCAGAUCCCUUCGUCACGACCCUCAAGCCAAACAGAAUCGAGAAGCUGGUGCCCUAUCAGCCCUGUGCUUACUGUGUGGAGGAUUACAUUAUGAACCUAGUGUUCGAGACGCCAGCAGUUCCAGCUGACGACGAGUACGUGCAGAGCAUUUUCAAGCUGGAGGAUGUAAACACCAAGUUCGGGAUAUACACCCUGACGAUACCCGCAAAGCGUCACCCAUAUCGCGGCCCUAAGAAGGACUGAAGAGAUAAUUAUGACAUUGUUUAGUUUAUUACUCUUUUACAUAAAGUAUUUUCUAAUUAAAUGACCGCCCAAUCGUCUCGGAAUGCACCAAUGCGACACCCAGAAAGAACCCAAACGCGAAGAAAAUUUUCCAAAUGCGAUGGAAUAAAGCACAGUAAUUAAAAAAAAACUUAUAAAUUAAAUUAACGUUGACAAUGU